AUGAAUACCAUAGAGUUAAACUAUGGUUCUACGAUACCUAUUGAGUCAAUAAAGGUGAUCGCUGAAAGUAUAGGUAUUUCUGCACUGUCCGAUGAAUCUGCUAAGGAAUUAUCCGAUUCCGCUACUUACCGUCUAAAAUUAGUAUUACAAGUAAAUAUUAAGAUUAUUUAGGUACCUUUCUAUGCUACAAGUAGUGCAUUUUUAAAUUUAAAGUUUUGGGUGUCGUAAACUUUUGAUAAUAUUAUUAACAUUUUUACACAAUAUAAUUAUGGCAUAAAAUUUAUGUUUUAUAAUAAUAAAAACGAAAACACAUUAAUUUCUUUUGUUUAUACAAACUAUAAUAAUCAAAGUGGUUCCCUGAUCUAAAUAAUUUAGAAAAUUUAAUUUUAUAAAAAUAAUCACAAUAUUGUACCCAUAAAUUAAAAACCAAUAAACCUAAUGUUCACUUUGUUAGUAUAACCAAUGUAAUAUUAACAAUGUUUAUUUUAGGAAAGCAAAAAAUUCAUGAUGCACUCAAAGAGAUGUAAAUUACUGAUUUCAGAUAUUGACAAUGCAUUAAAAGCAUUUGGUAUAGAAGUAAGUAACAUAUCACUAUACCUUCAGCUAUCUUAAGCUUUAAAGGUCAUUAAAGCAUAAUUUCAUAAUAUUUACUUUUAAAAUCUGGAGAUCUUGGUUUAGCCUAUGGUCUUUUCCUUUUGGAAAGAGGAUUUAUUUUCUCAUUAUUCAAUCUCCAAAGAAGUCCUAGCCAACUCAUUAUUUUAAAAGCAACUUUUAUUUAUUUAAUUAUGUCAUUUUCUUUGAAUAGCUCUUUUAUUUUGGAAUUUCAUAUUCACUGUUUGUUAAUUUUUCUCUGAUCCAAAUAUGCACCAAAUAAAUUUUCUUAGUUUUUCUUUCAAUUAUCGUAAGCCACAGUUUUUUCACUCUCACUGGUAAAUUAACUUUAUGGUUUUUAUACCUGGUUUGUUGUACAAAAAUAUCCCUACAUCUGUAUAAACUAUUAAUACACGUUAUUAUUCUUUCUCAUUGAAACUAACAUAAUUUGUUUCUUGGACUUUUCUGAUCAAUCGAUUUUCAAAUCUUAUUCUUCUCCUCAAUCCAUUGGAACUCUUAACUAUUCUAAUUAGCUUUAGUGUACAGACAUUUUCCAUACUUUUCGUGGUUUCCUUUCAGUGGAAUCUUACACCUGAUUGAAAUCUAUAAAUAGUAAGUGUAGGUAUAAGUAAGAGUUGUUUAUUGUAUUUUUACUGUGUUUCUAUUAAUUGCCUUAGAAAUAACAUGAACACAUAAACAAUUAUACAUUUCCCUGAUUUGAAACAGCACUGGUAUUCUAAUAUUUCAAUCACAUAAGGACAAAACAUAUUUAUAUUAUUAUUUGUUUUCAUUAAAAUAAUUGUCUAAUAAUGUUUUAAUAAAUUAUCCACCUAUAAUAUUAUUUUUUAAAUUUUUGAUUUCAUGUAUAAAGCAAUUUUUUCAAUGAAUUUCUGAGUUUAUUUUAUCUUGUUAGAAAUAUUUAAUGAAUUUAGUAUUGACCUACUGCCAAUGUACCAAAUUAUAUUUCUUUAGUUAUUUUCUAUCCAAUUGUUAUUACUAAUUAUUGAACAAGAUAAAUGUUGCUAUUUAAAAGUCCAUCAAACAAAUAUAUCCUUGGUUUUUCAGAAUUACUUUUUACCAAAACAUCAUUGUUUAAUUUCUCUAUCAUUAACUUUUGGCUUGAUGGAACUAGCUAUUUUGUACAUUUAUUGAAGUUAUAAACUACUUCAUUAUAUACUGAUAGAUGCUAUUUUUAUUAAAUAAAAUGUAAUAAGUAAUAUUUAUUUUUCAGCCUGUUUUUGGUUUUCACUCUAAACAACAUUUGCCAUUUAAAUAUGCAUCUGGUGGUGGCCGAGAACUGCAUUACACUGAUGACAAAGAUAUUGAUCUUAUUGAAUUUGUAAAUAAACCUUUAGCUAAGUUGCCUUUGGAUAUAAGCAUUCACUGUCAGUGAAAAAUAAGUCAUACAAGGGCUGAAUAAAAAUAUUUGAUUGUAUUUUUCUUUAAUAAGGUCAUUGGCUUGCCAUUGAUGGAAUUCAACCAAAUAUCCCAGAAAAUCCUUCUCCUAUAUCCAGAGAUAUACAAAAACAAGAAUGUGUGAAUCCUAUAGUAAACUUAAAAAAACCUACAAUCACCAAAGAGAUUCCUAAACGAUCAAUUAUUGUGUAAAAACUAUACAGUAAUAAUUAUCAGAGAAAAAUAUAUUUUUAUAUUUUUGUUUCCAAUAGAAAUCCUCAAAAAUGGUCUAGUACUGAAACUGUUUAUGUGAAAGAGUUGGCAACACACGAGUUGUCAGUUGAACAACAACUUUAUUAUAAAGAAAUUACAGAAGCUUGUGUUGGAUCUGAUGAAACUCGCCGUGCUGUAUGUAUUUAUAAUAUAUCUUUUAUUUUUUGGCCAAACUGAAUUUUUCUAAAAAGUAAUUUUCUCUAGUUGGUGCAUUGGAGAAAUAAUUUAAUGAUUUUCCAAGGAGUUUUAUUAUAUUAACACAAUGUUUUUACCAAAAAUAUUGUUGCAAUGCAAAAAUGACAAAAGAUAAAUUUUGUUUCUUAUAAUAUUUCGCCACUGAAAGAGAAAGUCAUUUUUUAUUAUCCAAAAUAUUUUUCAUAAUAAUUGGGAAAACCCAAAAAAGAAAAAAGUUGUUUUUCAAAUUACAGCACAACAGUUUCAUUAUUUUAAAUUUUAUGGCUUAUGUUUUCUACCAUAUAAAUAUGAGUAUUAAUUAUAAAGCCAUAUAAAUAUUGCUCCAAUUAAAAACCAUCAAGAAAUAUUUUUGAAUUUGUUAUCUAGUUUUUGUUAUUAAUUGAGUAAAACUGAAAAUAAUGCAGAAAGUACAGGGAAAUUAUACAAAAAUAAUUAUUUUAUUAUUUUAAUGUAACUCAGGUUGAAAUAUUCAUAGACAUUUAAAAUGUCCCCAUCAAUUUAUAUUUACUUUUUAUAGACAUGGUAAAAUUUUCAGAACAUUUGAGCAAUUUUUGAGUUAUUAAUAAACAUUUUAAUUUUGUGAGCUUUUAUAUAGGUAAUUUUUAUUUGUGGUAAAAAAAAAAAUUGAGCUUUUUAUAGAAUUUUUUUUUGAAAGCAAUAUAAUGUAUGUAUGGAAUGUAUGUUAAAACAUGUGUAACCAAACUUGGCUUGUUCUCUUUUGUUAAUAGUUUAUCAUUGAUUACAGAUAUAAAUUAAAUAAUUUGAUGUAUCCCACAAAUUAAAAGAGGAACUUAAUUAAUUUUAAGCAUAGAUACGGGGUGAUUAAGAAAUUUAUCUUACUUUUAUGUAUUCUUAUAAAACUUAUACCAAUGCAUUGCAUAUUUCUGGUAAUAUAUUGGAAAUUAUUUAUUUAGACACUUUAAAUAAAUACAUGAGACACUAGUUAGGUUAGGUUAGGUUUCACUGGUAUUGAAUCAAUGAAGUUAAUAUCUUGUUUACAUACCUUAUGACUAGUGUUUGAAACUUAUUGUACUAAAAAUUCACAAAGAGCACUUAUAAAAAUCAAAAAAAGUCUUGAAAAAAAGUGCUUCAAACAAAUAUUAUUAGACCAAAUGGUAGAAGGGUUUAAAUGUCCCCUGUCUUACAACUCUAAAUUAUUAAAUAUAAUUUUCCAACAAAACAAAUUUUAAACAAAUUAAAAAAAAUAACUUUAGGUUAGGGUUUGGGGGAGGGAAUUUAAACCCCUCUACUAUUUGGUCUAAUAACAAAAGACUCAUAAAAUCAUUUUCCUUUUUAAGAUCUCUAAUUUGAGUUCUGAUGAAUAUCUCUCAUUAAAUUUAGUUGAACCACUCUUAAAAAAAAUGUUUUUAAGAUACUGAAGUCCUUCAAAAUUUAUCUUACACUUUAUUUACCAUAUGUGCUUGUGAUAUCAUACUAACAGACUUUAUUAAUUUAUGGAUAUAAGGGUAUUAUAUUAAACUAGCUGACUAUAUUUUGCUAUCGACAUAUUACAAUAGUGUAAAUAAGAGUAAUAAUAAUAAUAAUAAUAGUUAUUUAUUGGUAUAGAUGGUAUCUAUGGUAUAGAUAACAUUAUAUUUUAAAAAUAUUCAGGUAUAUUUAUACAAUAAUAGGUAUCAAAACCAUAUACAAUACAUAGUAUAAUGUCUAUUUAUAGAAUAAAAUGCAAAACACAUUUGAAAUCGGCAAAAAAAAAAUUUAGUAGCUUCAAUUCGAAUAAUCUCUAAUGAAAUUUUAUUGUAGACCAGUUAUUAAUUUAAGUUGUUAUUUGAUAACCAAAAGUAGCUUAUUUCACCCUCAAAAAAUAAGGGUAAUAUAAGAUUUUAGAACUAUUAGUUUCUUAAAUUGUUAUAACCAAACAAUUCUUAAAAAAUCUAUACAUUCCUAAACAUUGCAAUGAGUAUAAUUUUGUGAAAAAAACCAGAAUUUGGUGUUGACAAUUUUUUAUAGGAAGCUCUACAGAGUUUAGCAACUGACCCUGGCCUUUAUGACAUGCUACCCCGAUUGUCUUCAUUCAUUGCAGAAGGAGUGAAAAUAAAUGUUGCACAAAGUAAUUUGGCUUUACUUAUAUAUUUAAUGAGAAUGGUAAAAGCAUUAUUGGAGAAUUCAGCGCUUUAUUUGGAAAAAUAUGUAAGUUGUAUGAUUUAAAUUAUAAUUUAAAAAUGAAUAAUUAUAUUUUAAUUACUGUAGAUUUAUCAUAUAAAUAAUUUAUAUGAAUAUGGGUACCAUGUGUUGUGUACUUAAAAUAUGUUUUUAAAAUCUAUAUCUAAAUUCACACAAAAAAUUACUCAUAUUACAUAAUUUAAUUUAUUAUUAUUAUUAAUAAUAAUAUAGUUAUAUUUUAUUUUAGUUACACGAAAUCAUUCCUUCAGUUUCAACAUGCAUUGUGAGCAAACAAUUAUGUAUGAGACCAGAAAUUGACAACCAUUGGGCUUUACGUGAUUUUGCAUCACGUUUAAUGGCACAAAUUUGUAAAAUGUUUACUACAUCCACAAAUCAAAUACAAACUCGUAUUACUAGAGUAUUUACAAGUGCUAUAUAUUCAGAUGACACUCCACUUUCAUCGAUCUAUGGUGCGAUUGAAGGUACCUCGAUAGCAUUCUAGUUCUUGUACUUUAAAUUGAUACAAUUUUUUUUGUCUAUAAUUUAGGACUUUCUGAGUUAGGAAUAGAACCAAUAAAAUUGUUUGUUAUUCCUUCAGUUCGUGUGAUAUCUGAAAAACUUGAUUCUCCAGAAUUAUCACAGAAUAAUAUUGAUCGUAUAUCCAUAAAUCAAAUUAAAAAUCUCCUUUGUGUAAUCUUUCUUAACAAUUGUUUAAAAAAUAAUAUUUAUAAUGUUUAAAUUUGUAUAUUAUUUUAGAAAGUUUUAAUUCCUGCAUUGAAAACAACACACCAACUACCAGAAAAUGUAGAAGAAUAUAAAAAAGAAUUUGGAUCUAUUGGUGUAACAUUAUUUGCUGCUGUAUGGAAAGCACGUCCUUCAAGUUCAAGCAAUCAAACUGUGACACAAACAAGUAAAAUAUUAAAAAUAAUAUUUAUAUUAAUUUACUAUUUUAGAUUCUGAACCAAGUGAUGAAUGUAUUGGUUUUACUAUGACAAGUACUUAUAUGUUUUUAUUUUUUCUAUCUGUAAAAAACUUUUCUACCAGAAAUCUUACUCCAAUCAUAAUAUGACAAAAGACCUUUUUCAUUGUAUUUUGGCUCUAGUUGAUACUUUCGAAAAGUUAUUUAUUGAAAUUCUCAUGAAUAUUUGAAAUUAUGAAAAAUAGUUUUUUUUUUUAAGUUAAAAAAGAUUAAGAGAUUAAAAAUAAGGUUGUCAUUGGUAAACAGUUUUAUUUAUUUUUUGUUAUUACUAAGUGGUAUUAUUUUAAUCUUGAUCUUUUUUUAAAUACUUGUUAUAGUGAAACCACUCAUUGUUGAAAAAGCAAUACUAUUUACCUAGCUCGACUGAGAAUUGUUUUUUGUUAGCAAUGAUUAAUCAUUGUGUACAGAUAUAAAUUAAAUUUGCCUCUAUACCCUAUCUUUCCAACUUCUCACCUAUGGCAGUGGUCCAUUUGUGGUGCAAAGUAUGUCCGUCCAAUUUUUAGUUUAUUUUUGUAUAGGUACACAAAGUGAAACAGUUAUUGGUCGACCAGUUGGUGCAUCAUUAAAUAACUCUGGAAUUUCUCAAAAAUAUAUUCUCAUGUCUCAACUAAAGUAUCAAACAAGUAAAUAA